GAUUCGGUUAGGUUAGGCCGGUCAGGUGGCGGACCAGGUGAAUCUGGUCCUUCGCCAUUUCCCGAAUGUUGACGUAAUGACCUACCCUGCGUCUACAAUCCCUCAUCUCUUCGUGUUCGUUGUGUGCUCUGGCCGCCGCCGCCGCUGCCUUCAUAAGCACCGCUCUGUUUCUUCAUCCACCGGCGAGGCAGCGCGACUUGCUCGGCCAAUUGUUGAAAGCUUCCGCUGUUGUUUUGGUUGGUCAUGGUGUGAAGCGCAGCUUCGAUCCAACAAGGAGUUAACCAGCGCGAAGCGAGUGCAUGUGAAGCUCAUACGAGCAGAGUUGCUGGACGAUCUGUGGUGUUUGUUUUCUUGGCUUGAGACUAAAUAGAGUUGCCUCAUCAAUUGUUCUUCGUCCAUUCGCUGUGUUUCUCCAUUUUGGUCCCAGAAGCAUUCAUCACUUGAACCUACAGAAGGGUGGAACUGAAUAGCAAGUAAAACUUAAGCCUUUAAGUGUUCUCCUUUCUCCCAAUUUUAUUCCAAUUGUUUGAGAUAUAGAAACAUGGAAGCCGAGGGUAAAGUAACCCUAGCCAUGUAAUCGUUUUCCUGAUGCUGCAUCUAAUCGGAGGAGUUCCGAAUAUCAGAGCCUUGGUGCACGAUUUAAUGUUGGCAGCUCCGAUGACCAGCACAGCUUCCUGGCAGGUAUUGGGGUUCCUUGUUGCUGUCAUCUUUUUCCACUCCUCUGAGUACAUACUUGCUAUCUUCUUCCACGGCCGGUCCAAUGUCACCCUCAGCUCCCUUUUGAUUAGCAAGAAUUAUGUAAUUGCGAUGACUUGUGCACUGCUGGAAUAUGCUAUAGAGUCUCUCUUUUUUCCAAGUCUGAAAGAGCAUUGGUGGGUUAGUAGUAUUGGACUUUUGAUGGUACUAUUUGGAGAGUUUAUUCGUAAAGCUGCUGUUCUUACUGCUGGCCAGUCUUUCACACAUAUGAUUAGAAGAAAUCAUGAAGAUGACCAUGAAUUGAUUACUCAUGGUAUUUACAGAUUUAUCCGCCACCCUGGCUACUCUGGAUUCUUCAUUUGGGCAGCUGGAACACAGGUUAUGCUCUGCAAUCCAGUCUCCACCAUCGGUUUCAUAACUGUCCUUUGGCGAUUUUUCUCGACGCGAAUACCAUAUGAAGAAUUUUUCUUGAGGCAAUUUUUUGGUUCACAGUACGUAGAAUAUGCAAGAAGAGUUCCAUCUGGUCUUCCUUUUGUUAGAUAAAAUCUGUAACAUCUAUGUGCAGGCUGCGACGCAUGGAAGUGCAACAGAGUCACCGGCGCCUACUCUACUCAGCCGGUGACAUUCAACAGAGAAAAUAUAAUUCACAUCACAUUUUCACUUCCUCCGAGUAGGUCACCUUGUAAUCAGAAUAAGUUUUCACGUUUAGAAAUUUGUGGUGUGUUUCAUGUUUUGAUUUGAAUGCUUGUGGAGAGACUCAUAAGUUUUUAUAUGAUGAUUAGACUUCGGGUGUGGUUGUUGGAGCACCAGAUAAAGGAAACGGCUGCAAGAUCCUCAUUUCUUAAAAUAAUAUUUUACUUAUU